AUGGCUCUUCAUAGCUCGGAAACUGAAAAACAUACAAGGUGUCGUUUACCGGGAAAGUUACGCACGGAAGAAUAUGUGAAGAAUCUUCCUCACCCACAGCUUACGCAAGUUCAACAGAAUGAUGCUCCUCCUAAUGUGGUCAAGGAAGUCAGAGAUUUUGUUCAAGACACAGAACAAGUAAACAACAACAGUGAUGCACAUUGCAGACAAACUCACCUGGACCCAGAUGCUCCUUCUUUCACCCCUAUUAGACCUCCACCUCACAGAGUUCAGAUGAUCACGUCAUCCCCUCUGCACGUUGAGAAUUCUAACAAUAUACAUAAUACCCCUGCCGUUGGAGAUCCAACGUGUGAUUCAUCGUCAACAAAUACAUGUAACCAGAUGACGGAGUUUACCAAGUUCUUAGUGAAAAAAGACUUACUUUUGUCACGACUUACCAAGUAUGACGAUAACCCAAUGUUCUAUGUUGCAUGGAAGUUAAACUUCGAAGGGAUCAUGAAAGAGUUAGACACUACAUCAACUGAAGAACUGGACCUUUUGGUUAGAUGGUUGGGUCCAGCAUCGUCCAGACAAGCUAGCACCAUUCGUGCAUGUAAUGCAGACAAUUCAGCACUAGCUGUAAGGAAAAUAUGGGAGAGGCUUGAGGAGAGAUUUGGUUCACCGGAGAUGGUGGAAAGGAGUCUGAAAGAGCGCAUUACUUCUUUCCCUAGAAUCACCACCAAUGACAACAAACGUCUAUUCGACCUAGCUGAUCUAGUUAGUGAGAUAGCAUCUGUGAAGGAACAACCACAAUACCAUGUUCUCUUUGGUUAUUUUGAUUCUUCUACCGGGAUAAACCCGAUUGCAUCAAAGUUACCUUGGAACCUACAGGAGAAGUGGGUGACAGAAGCUAGUAGAUUCAAACGGCAACAGGGAAGCACCUUUCCACCCUUCUCGAUAUUUGUCAAGUUUAUACAAGACACGGCCAAGACUCGGAAUGACCCAAGUUUCCAGUUCGACCGCACAGAAAGGACGAGUUCAAGUUCGAGUGUGUCAAAGAAAACAUCAACUGUGGUUGUCAAGAAGACUGAGACUACAAGUAACACUACCAAUCUAAACGAUUCACAAUUGUGUCCAUUACACAAAACAAAGCAUUUACUCAACGAAUGCUCAGCUUUCCGCAGGAAGCCCCUUGAAGAGCGCAAAAAGUUCAUACUUUCCAAUGGCAUAUGUUUUAAGUGCUGUGGACCUAAGAAGCACAGAGCUAUGAACUGUAAGACAAAUGUGAAAUGUGACGUCUGUAAAAAAUCUUCACAUCCAAGUGCACUUCAUGCGGAUGUGGAUUGCCACGUAGGGGAGCCCUCACCAGAAGGAACAGUGAAGAAUGCUUGCACUAAAGUUUGUGGAAAACCAAGGGGUACUAGCAGGUCCUGUGCUAAGAUUAUACCAGUUAGAGUAUAUCUAAAGGAUGAUCCACAGAAGUGUCGAGUUGUGUAUGCUCUCAUUGAUGACCAGAGCAGCCAUUCAUUAGCAACAUCGCCAUUCUUUGACUUCUUUUCACCAGGAAGUUCCAAAUAUCAGUACAUACUGUCUUCAUGUGCAGGAAGACUUACUACUUCAGGAAGAAGGGGUCAUGGUUAUGUGAUCGAGUCGUUGGAUUUGACAUGCAAGUUCGAGCUACCAGUCGUCAUUGAGUGCAACGACAUACCCAAUAACAGAGACGAAAUUCCGUUCCCUGCUGUUGCACAGCAGUACCCUCACCUUCAAGAAAUUGCUUCAUUCAUACCUACUGUGAUGGAUGAUGUUGAUAUUGAACUUCUUAUAGGAAGAGAUGUUGUCUCAGCACACCAUGUUCUGGACCAGAAACUCAGUGAGAGUGACCUUCCAAUAGCCCAAAGGCUCCCUCUUGGUUGGGUCAUUAUUGGACAAGUUUGUAUGGGAAAUUUGCACCACACAAAUGUUAUAAACGUGAAUAAGACAUUCAUACUACAAAAUGGUAGACCAUCUAUAUUCGAACCAUGUGAUCGUAAGUUUCAUAUUGCUGACCCAUUUGUGAAAACAGAACAUGACGAAAAAACUGGACUCUCCUUUGAGGAUAAAGCCUUCCUUCAUUUGAUGGAAUCUGGCAUGAAGAAGGAGGAGGAUGGGCAUUGGUCAGCACCACUUCCCUUUCGACAGGAUCGACCAGUUCUACCUAGCAACAGAGCACAAGCUGUGAAGCGUGCAAAGUCGUUUGAUUCCAGUCUUCAACGUGACCCAUUAAAACGUCAGCACGUACUGGAAUUUAUGGACAAAAUCUUCAUGCAUGGACAUGCUGAGAAGGCAUUGACCAUUCCCCAAGGACAAGAGUGUUGGUACCUCCCCAUGUUCGGGGUGUACCACCCUAAAAAACCCAACUCCAUAAGAGUAGUAUUUGAUUCCUCGGCUCGUCACGAAGGGUUAUCAUUGAAUGAUGUAUUAAUGAAGGGACCAGAUCUCUCAAACAGUUUACAAGGCAUUCUGCUUCGUUUCCGUCAGAAUGCUGUUGCCAUUACAGCAGACGUGGAACAAAUGUUUCAUAAUUUCCGAGUUGAUGAGCCAGACCGCAACUACUUACGCUUCUUAUGGCACCAGGGGAACGACUUUGAAAAGCCCUUAGAUGAGUUCCAGAUGAGAGUGCAUGUUUUUGGGAACUCCCCUUCCCCUGCAGUGGCCACAUAUGGUUUACGUCGAUCUGUUGUUGAUGCUGAACCAGAUGUCAAGAACUUUGUAUUUCAUGAUUUCUAUGUAGAUGAUGGGCUCACUAGCUGUGACACUGAGGAGAAGGCUGUAAGUCUGAUGAAGCAGACCCAGAAAGCACUAAGGGAAGGAGGAAUGUUGCGUCUCCAUAAGAUAGCAUCUAAUUCCAAGUCAGUUCUCAGCCAAUUUGACCAAGAUGACCUUGCUAAGGACUUAAAGAGCAUGGAUUUUGGUUCGGAGGUUAUGCCAGUGCAGAGGACUCUUGGUGUGGUUUGGAAUAUCGAAUCUGACAAGAUCACCUUUCAAGUUUCAAAAGAAACAAAGCCCUACACUCGUAGAGGAGUACUGUCAACAAUAAACAGUUUAUUCGAUCCUCUGGGUUUUGUCUCACCUGUCACACUCAGAGGUAAAAUGCUUCUUCGUGAGAUGAUGUCGCCUCCAGGUCCCACCAAAUGGGAUGAACCACUUCCAGAAUCCUUUCGUGAGCAAUGGGAAAACUGGGUGAAAUUGCUUCGUCAGUUAGAAGAGGUUGAGGUCCCAAGGAUGUAUGGAAGACUUUCAUUAUCCCAGGUUCCUAGUACUGAAGUCCACAUAUUCUGUGAUGCCUCUAAGGAUGCUAUCGCUGCUGUGGUGUACAUCAAGACUAUAGGAGAAGAUUCAUCUGAUGUAGGAUUCUUGCUUGGAAAAGCAAAGGUAGCACCCAGUCAUGGCCAUACUAUACCACGUUUAGAGUUGUGUGCUGCUGUGGUUGCUGUUGAGUUGGCUGAAGUGGCCAAAGAACAACUGGAUCUCAAGAAAGAAGAUUUCCAUUUCUACUCUGAUAGUCGUGUGGUGCUUGGAUACAUAUCAGCAGAAACUAGAAGAUUUCAUGUUUAUGUAGCUAACAGAGUCAGUCGCAUCAGAUCAUUCUGUGGACCAGAACAGUGGAAUCACGUACCCACAGAGGACAAUCCUGCAGAUGGCGCCACUCGCAAGUUUAGAACUUCAGAUCUCUCAGACAGCAUGUGGUUAAGAGGACCAGACUUUUUACGAAGUGUCAAGGUUGAUGAUGUGAAUGAACACUUUCCUCUUAUUGAUGCUGAGAUUGAUAAAGAGAUAAAGAAAGAAGUAUCAACUGCUAAGACAGUGCUUGAGCCAGUAUUAGGUUCGAAACGCUUUUCACGUUUCUCAACAUGGAAAAGUUUAGUGAGAGCCAUAAUGACUUUGAAGAUGCUUGCCAGGAAAACAUGUGCCUCUCAGGUCAUUGAUGACACCAAUUUGCUUGAGUCUACAGAAAAACUCAUCAUCAAAGAAGCGCAGUUAGAAACUUACGGUGCAGAAAUCAAGGCCAUUAGAAAUGGCAGUGAUCCCCCAAAGAACAGUCCCCUCUUACCCUUGAAUCCUAUCUUGGGUGUUGAUGGUCUCCUUCGUGUCGGUGGACGUAUCCGUCGUAAACAAGUCAAGCCGGGUGGUGAUCAGCAUACAGCCCAUCCCAUUAUAAUUCCAAAGAACCAUCAUGUUGCUGUUCUGAUAAUACGUCAUUAUCACUCCAAGAUACACCACCAGGGCAGGCAAAUGACAGAAGGGGUUAUACGAUCUUUUUGA